AUGUGGAGGUGCGGUACAGCCCUCACCUGCUGGCCAACUGCCGCGUGGAUCCCAUCCCCUGGGGACAGGCCGAGUUGGUCUCCAGAGGUGGUGGAGCUGUGCAAGAAGUAUCAAAACAACUCUGUGGUGGCCAUAGAUCUGGCUGGGGAUGAGCUGCUGAAGACGACUUCUGAUCAUAAGGAGGCUUAUGAGGAAGCAGAGCGAUGCGGCAUCCAUCGCACCGUCCACGCUGGGGAAGCCGGGCCGGCUGCCAUGGUCAAGGAGGCCGUGCACCUCCUGAAGGCUGAGCGCAUCGGCCACGGCUACCACGUGCUGGAGGACCCCGAGCUGUACAGGGAGCUGCUGAGAACCAAAACGCACUUUGAGGUCUGCCCCUGGUCCAGCUAUCUGACUGGAGCAUGUCUUCCGGACUUCAGGAAACACCCAGUAGUACAGUUUAAGAAGGAUCAAGCUAAUUAUUCUAUCAACACCGAUGACCCCCUCAUCUUCAAUUCCACCAUUGACAAGGAUUACAGCAUAGUGAAGGAGUACAUGGACUUCACUGAGGAGGAUUUCAAGAGAGUGAACAUCAAUGCAGCUCAGUCCAGCUUCUUACCUGAGAAAGAAAAGCAGGAGCUUCUUAAUACGCUGUAUGAAGCCUAUGGGAUGGUGCCUGCCACCUCGUGAUGCAUCCUGAGAGCCAGCGUGGAGCACUGGCCCCUUCCUUGUGUGUGCUUGGCUCUGCUCUGCUGGGGAGCAGCAGGAGGAGGUGCCGGGGUCAGUCUCCAUUAUUGGCACCCAGCCACCCCUUACAGCACUAAGCACAAUCAGGCUCCUAUCAUACACACCCAUAUCACCUCCAUGAACUGUCUCCCAAAUGGACAUCCAGCUUCCUCUUGCCGUUGAGCAAGCAGACUCAAACUCCUCCCUUCAUCUGCUGCUUCUGCCCAGUAAAUGAGAGCAGAAGGAGGUCCCCUGCCAUGCCUUAACCCUUUUCUGCAGUACAGGAAUAACCACUCCUGCCUUUGACGGUGGCCAGGAUUAAUCUUUGCCUUUUCUGGGAAAAGGUGUGCCACAGAGGAAGCAUGUGAGCACUUUGGAAGCAGAGGAUUUCUUCCCAUUCAUGCAGAUAGGGAGUUUGGCUACAGCGAGGUUUACCUGUGGUUAGGCUUGUGCUAACAAGAAUAGGACAAGAACAAGCUGGGAACUGGUGCACAAGUUUGAAGGUUUUCUGUUUUGUUUUCUUUUUGUUGUUGUUGUUGUUUUUUAAGAAAGCCUUUUUGGCAUCCUCCCUCAGCCAAGGAGUUCUGUGUCUCAGGCCUUACGGUAUCACUGCCACAGAAGCGCACACCUUGUGCUCCAGCUGUGCUCAUACGUGCAUAGGAAGUUGGAACACUUUUUCCAUUUUGGGCCAAAAUCUGCCUUCUGGGAUUUUUCCCAGUUUUGUACUCACCCUGGGGAAUUCCUGUGAAUUAGAUUUUGCUCUUCCUGUAUCUUUGUUUAGAACCUUAGAAAACUUGUGCUUGAAUGCCUGCUUUAGCCAUUCUGUGCUCUUUCUGACUUGACGUAAUCUUUAGGCACUAUUAAAACUCAAUGA